AAUAAAUACAUGCUAUUUAGACGCAAAUCGGCGGCAUUCCCCAAUAUACGGAUCUUAAUUAUAUCACUACAUGUGACUUGAACGUUACAGACCACGUGGAGCUGCCUAAUACUGGUGACGCUAUCGCCAUUGUGGACUCGUCUGCAAUGGCACUUGUCUGAUUGACAUUUUCUACUUUUGGAAACCAAAGUAUGGACAAGGACUCUCAGGCUGGCAUUGCUGCCCCCAUUGUAGGGGGUCCGUCCAUCGGAGGCAUGGCCAGUCAUAGCAGGUCCGAGGACGAGGAGUCCUUGGGGAUCAAGGAUGUGAAGAGGACUGCAGCACAGGCCUUCAGUGGUGGCGGUGGGGUACCCAAACGUCGCAGCUCUUCCAGGUCCAUCAAGAGGAAGAAGUUUGAUGACGAGCUGGUGGAGAGCAGCUUGGCCAAGUCCUCCACCAGGGUGAAAGGGCCGCAGGUCAUCGAGCCAAUCCGCUGCCCUGGAGCGGAGCCGUCAUCCAGUGAGAAAAAGAAGGUGUCCAAAUCGAGCUCCUCCAUCACGCCCCCCCUCACCAUGGUGAUCACCCCUCCCGCCAUCACCAAGCGUGUGAAGAAGACCAAGCAGACGCUGCAGAUCACCAAAGACCUCGGCCGCUGGAAGCCCACCGACGACCUGCUCCUCAUCAACGCAGUUCUACAGACCACAGAUCUGACAGCAGUUCACCUGGGGGUAAAGUUUAGCUGUCGCUUCACCCUCAGAGAGAUUCAGGAGCGCUGGUAUGCCCUGCUCUACGACCCUGUCAUUUCCAAGCUAGCGUGGCAGGCGAUGAGGCAGCUGCAUCCAGAGGCCAUAGCGGCGGUGCAGGCCAAAGCGCUGUUCAGCCAGGCAGAAGAGGCUCUGUUGGCCAAGAUCAGCUCGAACAGCCAGCCCAAGCUGGAGGUGUUCCAGGAGCUACUAGCUAAGCACCCGAGUGUCUUCUACCCGUCCCGCACCCCCAAGAGCCUCAUGGUGCACUGGCAGCUGCUCAAGCAGUACUACCUGCUGGAGGACCAAACAGUGCAACCUCUUCCCAAAGAAGACCAAGUCCUGAACUUCUCAGACGCAGAGCAGCUGGUAGAUGAUGCCAAGCUAAAGGAAAGCAGAGAUGAGGUGCUUGAACACGAGCUGAUGAUCUCUGACCGGCAUCAGAAGAGGGAGAUCAGGCAGCUCGAGCAGGAGCUACCGCGCUGGCAGGUGCUAGUGGACAGCAUCACAGGAAUGAACUCCCCGGACUUUGACAACCAGACGCUGGCAGCGCUGCGAGGACGCAUGGUGCGCUACCUGAUGAGGUCAAGAGAGAUAACACUGGGCCGAGCCACCAAGGACAAGCAGAUAGAUGUGGAUCUGUCACUGGAAGGGCCGGCAUGGAAGAUCUCAAGAAAGCAAGGGAUCAUCAAACUGAAGAACAAUGGGGACUUCUUCAUCGCCAACGAGGGCCGAAGACCAAUCUACAUAGACGGCAGGCCUGUCCUGUCGGGUAACAAGUGGAAACUCAACAACAACUCUGUAGUGGAGAUUGCAAGCCUUCGCUUCGUGUUCCUCAUCAACCAGGAGCUCAUCUCUCUCAUCAAGGCUGAGGCAGCCAGGAUGAACCAGCAGUGAACCUUUUCCCGAGGAGAAGAACCGCCCUCAUCAGUGGACCAGACCCAGUGGUGCUCCAGGCAGAUGGCCUGCCAUAGAUGAGGCCAUGGGCAAAGCCUUGCCACCAGGUCCCACUACCUAGCUGUGUUUGUAGAGCUAGACCACGGGCUCCUGGGACUCCCAUGGCCCUUCAUGUAAAGAGAUGUGUCAACAGUUCCACACACAUCAUGCGUGUCCACAGUGGAAAAUGGUAUUUCAAGCUGUGUGGAAACGCGGAUAAGGACUGGAAUGUGCCUAUAAUAUACGGACAGUUCAAACACUUGACUGACUCGAUAUUUAGAACUCAGAACCUUAAGUUUGGCUUAGAACACCUUUUUUUUUAAAGCUCAAAGUUGGGUUUUCUGUUUCCAUGGUUUCACCUGUUUGUGAUAUUUUGUUGUUGUUCAGCAAAGACAUUCCUUGAAAUUGUAACGGCCACCAUAUACGUUGUAGACACUGAUACAGAGAGAAAGAUUUGUCAGAGUUGUAAUGAAUAAUUAACAUGUCCUUCUUGACAAUUACUGUUGUCCCUGCCAUGAACACGGUCAUUAACACUUUUACAGAUCUGCAGUCAUGCACUACUUACGACUGCACCAGUCCCAGGCUCAGGAAUCGGUCUAGUCCACACACAGGUAUUCGCCUAUUCUAAGUUAGCGCUUUAAUCUUUAGUAAGAGGGAAGUGUAUGUUGCUCAUGUUCAUAUUAAACUGUGAUGUAAACAUUUAAUAAACAGUGUUUGUCUGAA